UAAAUGCAUUUCGGCCUUGUGCAGCAAAGAUAUCAGUAGGGGGUGCGUAAAAGGACAGUGGCAUUAGUUAUUACUAUAAAACGGAAUGGAACAUCGAUCAGGAUAGAUCAGUUGAUCACGUAGCAUCGACCGAGAUUCAUCCCCAUGCCAUCUUCAUUUACCUUGGUCGUUUUUUACGCUGUCUUGUCUUCCAUUUACGGAGCAUCUCUUACACUAAGGGACCCCUCCGAUGAAACAAGCGGUGCUAGUAACAAGUGCGAAAUGAGCCGGCGUCCCUAUACUAUGGUGGACUUUGCUAGCGGGCAAUGCGACGCUUAUAUUAGAUGUGAAGGUGGUCAGAUGAGCUUCGAGCUGUGCGAGGACGGCCUUGUGUAUGGAGAUCUCUGUGAUAUGCCCCAGCGAGUUAACUGUGCCGGACGUGAGCGUCUGCAACCGCCAAAAGGUUCGGGCAACUGUCCUCGUCUUAACGGGCUCUAUCCUCACACCGAAUUUUGCGACCAAUACUACUACUGCCGUAUGGGUAUCCCUCUACUCAUCACCUGUCCUGCUGGUCUAGUCUACGACACCAAGAUGGGAGUGUGUGAAUUCCCCGAUGAAGCUCAACGUCCAGGAUGCAUGCCAGAAGAAGUUUUAGGUUUCACCUGCCCGCCAAUUACCAAUGCUACGCAGCUGACGUUCGGCGAUCACUUACGCUUUCCCAAACCAGAUGAUUGCCGCUAUUUUUUCAAAUGUCUGAAGAACGGCUAUCCUCGUCUGGGCGGAUGCGAACACGGCAACGUCUUCAAUCCGGUUAAUGGGUUUUGCGAUAGCCCUCAGAACGUCAGAGGUUGCGAAAAAUAUUACAGCGAAGACGACUGAUGGUGAAUAAAAUUGUACUGCAGAAAAAAAACAAAAAAACAAGCAUUUCAUCUCGUUACCUAUACAUCUCGUCUGUAGUUAUAUGUAAAUCAUGUUUUUCCUCUUUUGUAGCCGAUUGUUUUUUUAACUGUAGCUAGUUGACCAAAUCGUUAUUUUUAAACCGCUUCUUUGAGUUCUGAAUUGAUGGUUUGACUUCAAUAUAUCCAUCAUCUUUCUAUAA